CAACAUCAACGUCAACCCGUCACUUUGGACCGUCAAAUUUUUCAUUAAUCACUUUCAAGCCCGCCACCACUCACUAGCUUAAAUUAUUAUUUGCCACCAAAUUAUUCAACUAUAUAAAUAUAUGUAAUUCGCCUUGUACAUAAUCCAUAGUCUUCAAUAAUAACUCUUCAUGCAUCCUUAGUUCAUAUAUAUAUAUAUACACACACAACAUCUACAUAAAUUUAAAAAAACUUGUACAAGUCAAAAAAAUGGAAGGUGACAAUAAUAACAACAAAGGUAAUACCGCUUCAAAGUAUAGAGGCGUUCGGAGGCGUCCAUGGGGGAAGUUCGCCGCAGAGAUACGUGAUCCUAAGAGGAAUGGCGCUCGUUUGUGGCUUGGAACGUUUGACACGGCCGAGGAGGCGGCUCGUGCUUAUGAUAGGGCGGCCUUUGCCUUGAGAGGUCACCUUGCAAUACUUAAUUUUCCUAAUGAACAACACUAUCAUUCUAGUGAUAGUAGUAGUGUUUUUGGUAGAGGAAGUUCUUCUUCUUCUUCAACGUUUUCUAGAGAGCAAGAGGAUCAAAAACAAGUAAUUGAGUUUGAGUACGUGGAUAAUAAUGUGUUAGAGGAGCUUCUUGAUCCACAACAUGAUUUAGUAGGAAGAUAUAAUCAAUAAGUAGUAGAUUUUUUCUACUUAAAUUAGCAUGUUCUUUAUUAUCUUUUUAUUUUUCUUUUGUUUUUAGGGGUUUAAUUUCUUCAUAAAUAAUCGAUGUACUUCAAGUUUAUGAUGUAGUAUAUGAGUAUAUCACUACUUUUUAGUAAUCUACUUUCUUUUAUUUUCUAAAAUAAUUAACGCAAUGUCUAACUCUCUCCUCUCAUUUAAUUUGGUUGUCUCAACUCUCAACCAUAUUAUAUGUGAUGAUUUCAUUAUGACUAAAUGAAUUUAGGCUCUUAGACUGUUAUUAAAUCUAAAGAAUAUGUAUAUGUAAAUGCUUUUCAAGCUAUGUUCACAUGUAUGUUUUAAUUAGUUAGUUACUUUUUUCUUUGAUUUAUGAAUGGUUAC